AUGGAGAAAAAGGAAGAUAAUGUCAUGCGGGAGAUUAAGGUCAACAAAUUGGUCCUGAACAUUUGCGUGGGAGAGUCAGGAGACAGGCUCACGAGAGCCGCCAGAGUGCUGGAACAACUGACAGAGCAGAAACCCAUUUUCGGAAAAUGCCGAUUCACCAUCAGAUCCUUUGGUGUCAGGAGAAACGAAAAGAUCUCCUGCUUUGUAACGGUUAGAGGAAAGAAGGCGUUGGAGAUCCUGGAGAAGGGACUCAAGGUCAAGGAGUAUGAAUUGAGGAGAAAGAACUUUUCUGAGACAGGCAACUUCGGCUUUGGCAUUCAGGAGCAUAUCGACUUAGGGAUAAAGUAUGAUCCGUCCACUGGUAUUUAUGGCAUGGACUUCUACGUCCACCUGUCGAGACCAGGUUACAGAGUCACCAGGAGAAGGAGAAAGAGAUCUACCAUCUCCAAGACGCACAAGGUGACGAAAGACGAGGCGAUGAAAUGGUUCCAGACGAAAUUCGACGGCAUUCUGCUCAAGUGA